AGGCUUUGUUCAAAAUUUCCCAAGCACCAGAGGCAAACAGUAUAAUCAAUAACUUUGUGUUUAGAGACUACAAGAAAAAGGCAGAGAGCAAAUAUUUUAUGGCAGUUAAUGACCAUAAUAAGAUCGAUGCCCUCAUCCGAAUAACAGAAGCAUUACAACCUAGCGAAAUAUGUGUGGCUAUUGACCGAUUUGAGGAGAAGUCACAUGAAUUUCAAAAGUGGAUACAAGAGAUACCUCGCCAUCAUAUUCUUGUCAUGGAGGAGUGUACAAUAGUACAUUUUACCACUAAACAUGAGGGUGGUAGAAGUUUGCUAGUUGUAUUUGAUGCUACAUUGCCCAAAGAUAUCUGCAACGACUUUGUUGACUCGUUUAUCGUUGUCCUUGUGGCUCCCCGGGAGCGGGCAUUACUGGAUAAGGGAAUCAAGGAAUUAAAUGCGCUGACUUAUGUUUAUUUUCAUGGUGUGAGAGAAGUAAAGAUCGAUCAGAACAAGAAGGGUGAAGGAAAUAUCAGUACGGAGAACAAGCAGCUGAAGUGGAAAGAAUGGAAGAAGCAUGUGUCCAAGGGACAGUGACUUUUUUCUUUUGCUUUUUUUCUUGGUUCUCAGUUGGAUGGAUAAUUGGAUUAGGUGUAGUGAGGAGAAUUGUUGGGUGAAGAGAUGUGAGAGCUGGAGUUUUCUGUAGACUAUGGUGUAGGGUCUGUUUAAACGGAGUCAGGCUGUAGUACGAAGACAGUUUUUUGGUUAGUUUUGCGUAGUAGUUCUGGUUGUGAUCAGUCUGCAAAACUGGUGUGCAGCUGUAAGCGGCAGCCUAAUCUUCUUUUUUAUUCUUUUUAUUUCCUGGAAUGUUGGAUACUUUGCUGUUUGUUAGAACGUACUUAUUUUGUUUUUUUUGUAAGAACGCCAAAUUUGGGUGCUCACUUAUUUAACUAAAGUGACAUUUUCUUUUGCUAUGCCUUGGUGCUUGAUUU